AUGGUGGCACCUGUUUUUGAAGGCCAGAAUGGUCAUUUACCAAUGCCAUGUAACCAUGGCAGCUUCACUAUGGUCCAGAAAACACCAGCAUACAUAGCCAUGGUUCCAUACUACACACUACAGCUACCAGAUAACCCAUCAUCAACACUGUGCUUGCUAUAUUGUCUUCUGUUCUUAAUGGCAAUAAAUCACAGUGCCACCCAGGAUAUUACACACUAUAUGUGCUGGGAAUUCUCCAGUCAAACCUUCCCAGGACCAAAUGCCCCCAAACCAGAUCCUCCACUCUACAUUCCAACAUAUGGCAUUGUUGCUACAAAUCAGAUAGUGGCCAGCAUGCAUGUGGCAUACAAUAAUAGAAAGCAUAGCAGCAUCAAUCUGAUCUGGCUUUCUGAGUGCCUUUCAGCUAUGGAAUUGGGGGUUGAUGAAACCCAGGAGGCAGGCCACCUGGCAGCACAUCCAUCAAGUCUCACCAGCUUUGUGGAUGAACCUAUGGUAAUCCUUGGUACUGGCAAUACCAUUGCAUUGUGGUACCUUCCCAGUGCCAUCACCAAUGAUUUGCAAGCAUCCCUGCAGACACACAUGCUUGCCACCUCUGGACCCCCUUCACCACACAAUGUCCAAGAGUAUGACAAGUGGCUCCUGGCAGAAAAAUGCUGA